AUGGGGGCCUCUGCCAGCACAGGGCCACCUGUCUCUGAGCCCAAGUAUAUGUUGCAUUGGCAGGGCACGCUGGAGCUGCCUGACUUACCCCUGCAGAAGGGCUCUGUGAAGCUCCUCACGCAGAGAUGGGAGUGUGCCAGUGCUCCAAGAUCCAGCCUGAUGCUCCGACGCCUACCAGCCCCGAGGUCUCCAGUGCCAGAUAAAACAAGACAGAGCAGCAUCGUGGAGAAAGUGCCAGCAGAAAACGAGAGGGUGGAGGUGUACAAGGAGGAGCCCCUGGGUGGCCCUCGCCAGAUCGAGCGCUCCACCGUCGCUGUGAAGGAGCUGCAGAGCCACUUUGAGAUCCUGGGUGGUAGAAAGGAAACAGAAAGUGAGAGAAGUUCACUUUCAUCCAUACUGAAGAGUCAUCCUGGGAGCCAAUCUGACAUCUUGUAUGAGUCCAGUGUGAAAAGGGGGAGAGCAAUCUUUGAGAAGAUGUCAUCAGGAAAUGGACAGAACAGCUUUGAAGUGGGUCGCCGCAAACGUGUAAGAGGAUUACCAGAAGAGAGUACUCCCAAGGCUGGGAACGCAUUGAUGGACUUUGAGGAGACUGUCUCCUUGAAAGAAAAAUUGGCUCUGUACCAGGCUGCUGUGUCCAAGGCAGACAGCAGCAACUCCUUUUCUAGUACUCCAGAGAAAACCAAAUCCUCUACUGUGUCUGGUGGCCUGGCAACAGUAAGGAAACAAUUUGAGAAAGGGAAGAUGACCUCUUCAAACAGGACCUUUGCUCAAUACCAGCACCAGCAGAAAUCUGCACAGGAGGCAUCUAGUAUCAAUCAGCCUAAAAUAUCAAACAGCACCAGGGAAGCUGAAUGCAAUGGAAUGACCUCCAAAGAAAGUCUAGUGGAAGCAUUUCAAACACAAGAGUUUCAAACACAGUUGCAGGAACAAGGAAAAUGUUUACAUGUUGCACUGAAUCCUGUAGUAAAGCAAAGGUUUUGUGCACAGGUUUCUCUUGGGGAGCAAGGAAUACUAGAGACAAACAGGGCUUCUACAUUUACACAGAGCACUGAUGAAACAGUAACCAGUGCAGUUAUGAAUGAGGACUUCCCAAAAAUUUCUACACAGAUCUUAAAACAGCAGUUUGAAAUGACAGCUCAGGAAAACACUGUUCCCUCUGACAGAGAGACUGCAACACCUGCGAAAAAUGUACAGAAACUUCUGUUUCAGGAAAAUGAGACAUGCACACUCUGUCAGCAGAGAGUUUAUCCAAUGGAACGCUUCGUCGCCGACAAGCAAAACUUUCAUAAAUCAUGUUUCCGAUGUCACCACUGCAGCAGUCAGUUAAGCCUGGGAAAUUAUGCAGCUCUCCAUGGACAAAUAUAUUGUAAACCACACUUUAAGCAGCUCUUCAAAUCUAAAGGAAAUUAUGAUGAAGGCUUUGGACACAAGCAACAUAAAGAUUUAUGGAAGCCUAAAGAUCAGUGUAGCUCAGCUGGCAAUGUUAAUGCUGAAGAAAUAAAUCUGAUUAAUCACGUACCUGUUGAUCCUAAACUACUAAAAGAGACCGAUCAAGACUUGUACUCAGGUACUGAAGGCAUCAACUGUAAUAUUUUGGAUAAUAAUUUGAUAAAAUCCACAGAAAGAGGUAAAUUAAAAAUGACAUGGCCUCCUUUAACAGAUGAUACAGCACAUAAGAAAACAUACUCUAUUGAAAGAUCAGCAAAAGUAAAUAAGCCAAAGUGGCCCCCAGAAGGUUUGGCUCAAGAAGGUUCUAGCUUACAUGGCAAUAAACCUCAAGAUGAUGAAAAGAAUUUUCAGAACGAAAAUGCUCCGACAGAGCAAAAAGAGAAUGACAGUGCAAGAACACAACAGAAUCAACACUCAGCCUCUACCUCCUUAUCUGCAAAAGAAGCCACAAGUACCUGUAAAACUAAGGGUAAUACAGGAAAAGUUGAGGAAACUGAGAACAAAACAGAUGGAUCAGAGAUUAGGGAGGAAAGUGGAAAGGCUAUUAAUGAAAGUGAUAAUGUGAUAGGGCAUAAUGCUGAGAAAGACAGAGAGAAAAAAAGUAACAAAGCUGGUGAUCUUGAAGUUGUACAGGUUACUAACAUUGACGAUGAAAUAGUACAAAAGAAUCAAAAAGAAUUCAGUUUGAACAGUAACAACAACAACAACUAUGCCAUAUUUCCACACCCAAACAUUUGUAGGCAGGAAACAACUCUCACAGCUUCAUCUAACCGAAUGACAGAAUUAAGCCAUGCAAUUUGCACUGCACUGCAGCAUGCCUUUGAAAAACUGGAAAAUCAGUCUGGAAAUGAAGAAAUAUUUCAGAUACAUGAAUCUUUUGAGAGCUAUUCUAGCAAUACAGUAACUGUUUCACUAGAUGAGCAGAGUUCAGAAGAUGCUGGUACCUCCAAUAGUCUUGCUCAAUUUAAUAAAGAUGCCACUUCUCCAAAGUCUCAUACUAAUAGCACAUUUGUUAUAAAGGAGACACCUAAUACAACAUUCCCUGUUGGUACUGAGUUGGUUUGCAUUGGAAAAGAAUCAAAAAGUGAUAAAAAUUUAAAUACUAUUUUAUCUGACACUGUGAAAGCAUUAUUUCUUAAAGAAGACUGCUUUGUUUUAGGCUUUAGUCUAAUAGACUCAGUAGACAGAACCAGGCAUUCCUCCAGACCACAUUCAAAAGAAUGUAAGAUUUGUAAUAAGGAAGUGAAUUAUAUUAAUGUCUGUCAAGAAGACAAAAUAGGCCAAGUGUCCAAGAACGACAGAAGUACACCUUUAGAGUUACUGAACUCAAGAUAUACAACCUUUCCAUCAUCAAAAGGUGAGAAAGUAAAGUCCAAAUAGCUCACUGUAGAAGAGCAAAUUAAAAGAAAUAUAUUCUGUGACAAAUAUGAACAGAACAGCUAAAUGACUAUGACUGUCAUUCAUUAAAUAUAUGGUAAAUCAAAAUUUCUUCAGUUUAGUUAUAGUACCUCUUGAAUAAUUUAAUAUCUAGAGAUGAUAUGAAAAUGUGCAUUAUGUACUGUCUUUUGCUUAAACUUUAUUUACUUACUUUAUAUUUAAUGAAAAGGUGAAGAAGAUUUCUUCAGUCUCUGUUUAGAACAACUUGUGUCUCUAUGUUCCUAAAUAUUGCAGGAAAUAUCUUACUAUGUGGCUGUCCUUCAGAAAGACUACAGUUCCAUUCUACAUUAUUUGUAACAAAUUAAAAGA